AUCACCCCAACCCCCAACGCUCUGGAUACGGAGAGACUUGUGCGGGUGUCAGUCUAUCCCAGCUGGACGGACACAACACAGUUUGCAGCACAGGACGCACCAGACCGAUAACUUUGGCGUUCUCUUUUGGAUUUUACGUUUCCCUCCGUUUUUUUGUUGCUUAAGUGCUAAGGUUUAAAUCGGGACUUGUUGUCCUUUUGGGGGAGUUUCACGUGUCUCCACUUGGCACCAGGCGCAUCUGUCAUCGACUGUUACUGGGUGCCUGGAGCUGCCAAAGUCAUGCCGGCCGGGUUUCAGCAACUUGGAGGGGAGACAUUGACUGGAACCUUUGUUCUCUCAGUCUUCACUGCUGUCCUGGGAUCUCUGGAGUUUGGAUACAAUAUCGGCGUCAUCAAUGCACCGCAGAAGAUCAUUGAGGCGGACUAUAACGCUACAUGGGUGCACCGGUAUGGAGAGCCCAUCCCCACAGGGACCCUCACCUCCCUCUGGUCCCUGUCCGUGGCCAUCUUCUCCAUUGGUGGCAUGCUGUCCUCCUUCUGUGUGGGCUUCAUCUCCGAGUGGCUGGGCAGGAGGAAAGCCAUGCUCAUAAACAACAUGUUUGCCUUCAUUGGUGGGAGUCUGAUGGGGUUGUCCAAGCUCUGCCGCUCCUUCGAAAUGUUGAUCCUCGGGCGCUUUAUCAUUGGUAUCUACUGCGGGUUGUCAUCAGGCUUGACACCAAUGUAUGUGGGUGAGAUAGCUCCUACGAGUCUGCGAGGGGCACUGGGCACGCUGCACCAACUGGCUAUAGUCACUGGUAUUCUCAUAGCACAGGUCCUUGGUCUUGAGUCGUUACUGGGGGUUGAGGACUUGUGGCCAGUUCUGUUGGGUAUAGCCAUUGUGCCGGCUGUGUUUCAGAUGGCACUUCUGCCUUUCUGCCCCGAGAGCCCCCGCUUCCUCUACAUUGUCCGCUGCCAGGAACACCAAGCCAAGAGAGGCCUGAGGAGGUUGACGGGCAGGCAGGAGGUGGGCAGCAUGCUGGCGGAGAUGAAGGAGGAGAAGAGGAAGAUGGAUAUGGAGAGAAAGGUGUCCAUCCUGGAGCUCUUUCGCUCUCCGCUCUACCGCCAGCCCAUCAUCAUUUCCAUCCUGCUGCAGCUCUCCCAGCAGCUGUCUGGGGUCAAUGCAAUUUUCUACUACUCCACCAGUAUCUUCAUGAAAGCAGGAGUCCAGAGUCCAGUCUAUGCCACCAUUGGAGCUGGCGUGGUAAACUGUGCCUUCACUGUGGUUUCGCUCUUCCUCAUAGAGAGGAUGGGUCGACGGACGCUCCACAUGCUGGGACUUGGUGGGAUGUGCAUCUGUGCCAUCGUCAUGACCACAGCUCUUGCUUUGUUGGACAGUGUCCCAUGGAUGAGCUACAUCAGCAUGCUGUCCAUCUUUGGCUUCGUGGCCUUCUUUGAGAUCGGUCCGGGUCCCAUCCCUUGGUUCUAUGUAGCCGAGCUGUUCUCUCAGGGUCCAAGGCCGGCUGCCAUGGCUGUGGCUGGCUUCUCCAACUGGACCGCUAACUUCAUAAUUGGCAUGUGCUUCCAAUAUGUUGCUGACCUGUGUGGGCCAUAUGUCUUCCUGAUCUUUGCAGCACUUCUCCUCUUCUUCCUCAUUUUCACAUUCUUCCGGGUGCCAGAGACGCGAGGGAAAACCUUCGACCAGAUCGCUGCAAACUUCGAUCAGCACUCUACAACAGGAAUGAUGGAUAUGGAUAUGGACAUGGACCUGGACAAGCCCAGCACCGAGCUGGACUACUUGGGGGAGGAAAGCAUCAACUGAAGAUCCCCUGCCUGAAGAGAAAUGGGACUGAGUACAGCUUGGGAUGAACUGUGUGGACCUGACUCUUUUCUGACAUGUAUAUUGAGGUCAAUUGAUGUAUUCAUAUAGAUUGCGGUGCCAAAGCAGUGUUAAAAGGUAUGUGACAAUUUAGGUGUUUUGGAAUUGUCCUUUGCUGGUACCACUGCAAUAUGAGGUUACAAAUUGAGCCUUGACAAAGGCUAAAAACCUAUGGAUUAAAAGUUGACUACUGUAGUUUCAAGGAAUAAGAUGCACAUCAGAACAAAGUGUCUGGACUGUUGAGGCAUUGACUGCCCAUGUGGUAGGAUGUUAUUCCAUGGUGAUGCACUUGGUGACAUAUUGAAAGACGGAGGCAGAGACUUUGGAAUUCCUGCACUUUAUCUACAAAGACAUCCAAAGUUUUCAGUUUGGAGGUAAACCCACCCCAAAGAACUAGGAUAAUCAGCCAUAGAGCCAGGUUUGCUUGCAUAUUUUGUACUAAAGCAGGGAACGCUUACCAUUUAGCUCCAACUAUAUGGUCGACAUGGUCUGAAAAUUGUAGUUGUAAUGGGUCUAACUGGUUAAUAUUUAAAUCCUAAAACCCCUUUACAUUAUACAGUAACAUGGACUGGGCUUUAAACACUUUAUUGGUACUACCCAUAAUGGCAAGUUUUGAAAAAUGUAAUAU